GCGUCUUAAAGGCUGGCCGGAGAGUUGUCGGCAGGGAAAUGGCGGCCGCGGGUCUGGUGGCUGUGGCCACGGCUCCUGAGUAUUCUGGCCCAGUCGCGUCCGGGGGUCACCCCUCCGGUGUUAACUGCGGCCCAAGCUCCGGGGCAGUGCCUGGGCCUGGCCCGGGUUCGUGGAGCCGCUCCCUCGACCGAGCCUUGGAGGAAGCGGCUGUAACUGGGGUGCUGAGCUUGAGCGGCCGGAAACUGAGGGAGUUUCCCCGGGGAGCGGCCAACCACGAUCUGACGGACACCACCCGGGCGGACCUGUCACGAAACCGACUCUCAGAAAUUCCAAUAGAAGCAUGCCAUUUUGUUUCUCUGGAGAAUCUCAAUUUGUACCAAAAUUGUAUUCGGUAUAUACCAGAAGCAAUUCUAAACCUGCAAGCACUAACAUUCCUGAACAUUAGUCGGAAUCAACUAUCAACAUUGCCAGCUCAUUUGUGUAAUUUACCAUUGAAAGUUUUAAUUGCUGGUAAUAAUAAAUUGGUCUCACUUCCAGAAGAAAUUGGACAUCUCAGACAUUUAACAGAACUUGAUGUGAGCUGCAAUGAAAUUCAAACAAUACCUUCCCAAAUUGGUAAUUUGGAGGCAUUGAGAGACCUUAACAUAAGAAGAAAUCACUUAGUACGUUUGCCUGAAGAACUGGCAGAGUUACCUUUGAUCCGGUUAGACUUCUCCUGCAAUAAGAUUACAGCAAUCCCUGUUUGUUAUCGGAACCUUAGGCACCUACAGAUGAUCACCUUAGAUAACAACCCAUUACAAUCUCCUCCUGCACAGAUAUGUAUAAAAGGUAAAAUCCACAUAUUUAAAUACCUGAACAUACAAGCUUGUAAGAUUGCUCCAGAUCUGCCAGAUUAUGACAGGAGACCCUUGGGUUUUGGCUCUUGCCAUGAAGAAUUGUACUCAGGUCGCCCAUAUGGAGCCCUUGAUUCAGGUUUUAAUAGUGUGGACAGUGGUGAUAAGAGAUGGUCAGGGAAUGAACCUACAGAUGAAUUUUCAGAUCUGCCUCUUCGAGUAGCAGAAAUUACUAAAGAACAAAGACUACGAAGAGAAAGCCAGUUUCAGGAACAUCGCAGCAGUUUAGUAAUGACAAAUGGUGCAGUGGAACAUGAUCUGGAUCAAAUUGACUACAUUGACAGUUGUCCUGCAGAGGAAGAGGAGGACGAAAUGAGACAGCCAAAGGCCCUGGACUCAGACAGCCUUAGUUCCCAGUUUAUGGCAUAUAUUGAACAAAGGCGAAUCACUAAUGAGGGUUCACCAGUAAAGACAGUACCCAUUAGGGAGUUUCAUAAAACAGAAGACAUGAGAAGAUACCCACAUCAAAACAGGGUUCCAGUUGAACCAUCUUCUUCUCUAGUGUCAUUAACACCAGCUCACAAUCAGUUAUCACAUACAGACUUGGAAUUUCGGAGAAAAGAACAAUUAGUAGAGCGUACUCGGAGAGAGGCACAACUUGCCGCUCUGCAUUAUGAAGAGGAGAAAAUAAGGACCAAGCAGAUUCAGAGAGAUGCUGUCUUGGACUUUGUCAAGCAGAAAGCAUCACAAAGUCCACAAAAACAACAACCACAUUUAGAUGGUGAGUGUCACUUUCCAUCCAGAAGGUCUCAGCACACUGAUGAUAGUGCCUUGUUAGUGUCACUGACAGGGUUGAAUCAAGUGGGCUGUGCUUCUAUGCUGUCUCAGUCUUCUGCCUUCCUUCCUCUGAAGAAUAAUGACAGAUCUAAUGCUGUAUCAAGUUCACCUACAUCAGAAACAGUUCAUCAUUCUCCUGCAUAUUCUUUUCCUGCUACCGCCCAGAGAAACCAGCCCCAACGCCCUGAAAGCUUCCUUUUCCGAGCAGGUGUCAGGGCAGACACAAGUAAAGGCCUUACUUCACCCCUUUCAUUAUCUGCACCUACCAGUGAUUCUACGGAUUCAGUAACAAGACAAAACUCAAGACAAAGAGAAGAAGAACUGGAAUUAAUAGAUCAACUACGGAAACAUAUUGAAUACCGGUUGAAAGUAUCUCUGCCUUGUGAUCUUGGAGCAGCUCUAACCGAUGGGGUUGUUCUUUGCCAUUUGGCUAAUCAUGUGCGGCCUCGAUCUGUCCCAAGCAUUCACGUUCCCUCACCAGCUGUACCUAAAUUAACAAUAGCAAAAUGCAGGCGAAAUGUGGAGAAUUUCCUAGAAGCUUGCAGAAAAAUUGGUGUACCUCAGGACAAUCUUUGUUCCCCUUCCGACAUUCUUCAGCUAAACCUCAGCGUUAAAAGAACUGUUGAAACACUACUUUCUCUUGGGGCACAUUCAGAAGAAUCCAGUUUUGUGUCUCUGUCUAUUCAGCUUUUGGGUUUUGUGGCAUUUUAUUGUACUUUAAUGUUAACUCUCUGUAUGUUUUAUUACUGGAUCUUUCCACUCUAGCUGAAAAGAUUGCCUUCCAGUGGUUUUCCAUCUCAUUCCUGUGCUUGGUAAAGGAGGUUUGUUUAUCAUGCAGAAGUAUUUCCAUAUAUGCUUUUUCUUUUUUUCUGGCCAUUAAAGAGCUAAAUCCUUUCCUUAUUUGUCAUAUAAGCAACCCAUCACAUUAAUAAGUGUAGAUAACAGAGUAAAAAAUAAUAGUUUUUUAUUCUUUAUAGUCAUUUAUCCAUUCUCCCGGCUGUGACUUUAUUUCUCUUAUCACAAGUGCUAAAGCAUUUCUACUAACAUAGUGCUAAUCCUGUUCUUACAGUAUGACUUAGAACUUUAUUUCCAGGUGACAUAGUAAAACCACUUCUGGCCAUCCUCCUUGCUUUAACACAAUUUGAAAUUGCAAGUUUCAACAACUAUUAUAAGGAAAAUAAUUGUGCCCUUUCUGGUUUUGGGUCACCUGGUCACUUGAGCUGUGCCCUAAAACCUUGCAGUUUCAGAUAGUCCAGGUCUGCCUAAGCAUUUGCUGUCCAGAUAGAUGGAAGGCAGAACCAUUUAAUCUCAAUAAUUUGAUCAGAAUGUCAAAUAAUUUUAAUUUGAUCAGAAUAUCUAGUCCGAAGAUCACGCAGAUUUUGUAGAUGGCUUGACCCUCUGUGUACAUUUAAAGUAGAACAUAGCAAGAAGCAAAGUGAUCUGGAACUGAUUUUAAGGGGCAGGUAGUUAUCUUUUAACUGAGACUCACUUCUAGAAUUCUACUUAGAAUUUAAAAUUGGAAAUGUAAUUUCUAAUAUAUUUGAAUCAUCUUAGUGGGUGAACUUCUAAUUUAUGUAGGUUGUUGAGAUUACAUCUGAACAAUAGCAGAAAAGUUUCAGACAGUAAUCUGUUCUGUUCUCAAUGCAGUGACUUGUAUCUUUCAGAACGCUUAGUAUAUUAGCUGCUAAUUUUAGCACUUGACACUAUUUUAUAAUUGCAUUGAUCCUUUAGUACUCAUAAAUAGUGUUUGUGGAUACCAGGAAUCUCUUGACUCUAUUAACAAAAUUGGACAAUUGAAGUCUAGUAGGAAGGGAAGAUUGCAAGGAAUAUAAUAUCCUGUUGUAGCAAUCAGCCUGAGGGUCUGAUUGUUCUGGUAUUCUUACAUAAAAAUGGGUCAGUAUUUAAAACAUUUACAAGCUAUUUAUUGUUAAUGCCAAAACAUUGAACACUGUUGGAAACUUCAGGUUUAUAAGAAGUAGUGCCUUCCAAACUACGGGGAGUUAGGAUUUUUCUUUUUAAAGAUGUUCUCUGAGUUAGUGAUCAUUCAGUUUUGUGGAAUUUUGUCCUUUAAAAAAAAGUGAUAAAAAAAACACAUGGUCUCAUGUGUGAUUUUGGAGUAGUUGUGUAUUGUUUUCAGAACAUACAGCAUUUGAUAAGCCGGCUGUAUGUGGAAAGCAGAAGUUUCUGAGGGGAUAGUUAUACAAAUCAAAGGACCCUACUGAGGAGAUAAAAAUCAGGGAAACUGCUUUGGACAAAAUGUCUUUUGGGAAAAAAAAAAAAACACCCUGCAGGCUUCUUCUAAGUUCAGUAUUUGCAGUAGCACUCAAGGUGUUCAUACAGAGUUGCUAGUUUUACAAGAUGAAAAGAUUGCAGUUAGCUUGUUUUAUCAAAGUAUUAUGCAAAAAGUAGUUAAGUAGCACAGUACAAUAACUACUACUCAACAUAGGUUUUUUUUUUUCUAUUUUUUUAUUGCAGUUGGCUUUGUAAAACACUAAUCAUAUAGUAAAUAUUUGCUAAUGAAAAGCAAAGAAAAACCCAGUUAUCUUUAACAAGUGUGUGCCAGGAUUCCUCUUUUCUGUUCUUUAUUAAAGCAAUCUCUUUUCUUGCUGAAUAGUCUUAAUAGAAAAGCCUGAGAGGCCCUCCAUGAUGGUGCAGCAGCUUAAAGCACAACACUAUGAAGCUAUCCGCAGCCACCACAGCACAAGUUUGAU